GGAGGCGGGCGGGGGCCGCGCCCCCUCCCCAUGUCAACGCGCGGGGCACGGGGCGCCUGCGCCGGUCCGUGCGCGUCUUUUCCUCUCAUGCGCGGUAUUUCCUUCCCCAGCAAGGCUCGGGGCCCGGCCUAGCGGCGGCGGCACCCGCGGGCCGGGGCGCAGGGAAGGGCAGCGGCGUCCCCCCAUCCCCGCGGCUCCUCGCCCGUCCGCCCGCCGACACCCGCGGCGGAGGAUGGCCGAGGACUCGCCCAAACGGCGCAAGGCGAACUUCAACGAGGCGGAGACGGAGGUGCUGAUCGAGCAGGUGCUGAAGCACGAGCAGCUGCUGUUCGCGGCGGGACCCGGCCGCGCCUCCGCGGGCCAGAAGCGGAAGGUGUGGGAGCUGAUCCGGCACAAGGUGAACCCGGUGGCCGCCUGCCCCCGCGACGUGGAGGACCUGAAGAAGCGCUGGCGGGACCUGAAGCGCCGCGACCGCAGCAAGCUGUGCCGCCUCUCGCAGGGCUGCGGGCCGCCGGCGCCCCCCGCCCUCGGCCUCCUCCUGGCCCCCGAGGAGCUGCCGCCCGCCGCCGCGCCGCCCGCCCGCCGCCAGCGCCGCCCCUACGGCUCCCUGCUGCCCGCCGAGGCCGUGCCCAUCGUGGGCGGCAUCGACACGCUGGAGCUGCCCGGCGCCGUCGUGGGGGACAUGGGGUUUAAUGGCAGUCCUGGCCCAUCUCAUCAAUCCAGUCUUGAGCAGAUGAACCUCAAAGAAGAAAUAGUAGUGAAGGUGGUGGAGCCAGAAGAAAGCUCUGAGGACAUGGUAGUGGUUCCACCUAGUCAAGAAGAGCUGCCUUUUCUGGGGACGUCAGGCGGUGGUUCCUCUGGGAAAGUAAAAGCCAAAACAAAAGGCAGGUGCCAGGCAGACCAAAAUGAAAUGACUGAAGAGGACCUACUGCAGAUUCAGCAGACCCAAAUACAGGUGAUCCAGUCUGGCUUUGACAGUGUCAACCACAAUCUUCGGCUGCUGCAGCAAGGCAUGCAAGAUCUGAAUAACAGCAUCAGCAUCAUGGCACAUACGCUUGUUGCUAUCAAGAACGUCUAUGUGAAAAAUAACACUGGCCCAACCACACAUGCCACUGCCUCUACUCAGACCACAGCUGGGUACCUGAGCCCAGGAUCCCCCCAGCUCUCCCCUGCUAAGGACAGAGCUAGAGCACAGGUGGCUGGAAGCAGCAGCAGAAGCAGCAGCUGCAGCUCCAGCUCCAUGUCACAAGAGCCAGGUCCUUCCGAGUUUCCUAGGCCCCCCCUGAGAACCAUUAAGAAAGAACAUCCAAAUGGCUGCUACUACUUCUGCUUUGCAGAUGUGUAAAAACUUGAAUAUAUGUAAAAUGACUGUGUUGUUGGGUGUUGAUGUAUGUUCUGCUCCAGGCUGUGACUUCAAAGGAGCGAAGUGGACUUGCCUCCCGUGUUUUUCCCAGUGGGAAACAUUUUGCUGUAGGUGGCAUUAAACACUAAUUGCCAGUGUCCAGUUAACUCUGUUGCAGUUGGCUAAUAAAUUUCUUCUCUUUUCUUUAUCCCCUUAUUCUCUUAAAAAAGCAAACAUUUAUAUUGAGUAAGACUUUUGUCUGUAUCAUCCUUUGUUUAAUGCCACCUUGUGAAAAAUAAAAGGCAUGAGAGUGAGGUAAAAAAGUAACAUGGUUACUACCACCAGGAGCUAUCUCACUGAAGUUACUUGGUUCUUGGAUUAAACAAGCCUCAGAAGUAGCUGGUUUUUUAAGUACUUCCCUUUUCCAAUAGUUAUGUUGGGGAUGUUUGCUUGGUUGCUGUUGUUGAGUUUUUUUAAGUCUGAGCUGUGCAAGGCAUCACAGGAGGAGUUUGAGAUACUUGCUUAUUCUAGGAAUGGUUUAGCACUGAGGUAUUCAUGAGUGUCCUCCUCAGAAGUCAUACAGCUUUGUUCCACUUGGCUGUUGUUCAUUCCCAGCUUGUCAAAUGCACCUUCUCUUCAGAGACAUUGUGUUUUACUACACUAGCAGGGUAGUCUCUUCUUUUGUCACAUGGUUAAAAUAGAGAAAUGCAGAAAAAUGAGGAAUGGAUGAGUGAUGCCUGUUUCUGACAUAUAGGUUAUAUGUAGGCUGUAUCUUCAUGUGCUUUUGUAAGCCUUAUGGCAUCAAUACCACAGUAUUUGAAAUACAGAGAACAAAAAUGUUUAUAUUGUUUUACAUGAAAUAGAAGUCAGAUUUGCUGUUAAAUUACAGGAGGCAGGGACUCACUUAAUUCCAGACAAAUGCUCCUGCAUAGUUUGGAAAGCUUUCAUUAUCAUUUCUUUUCUCAUAACUAUAUAGCUAAGGAAGAAGAAAGAUGAGGAAGAGUUGGAGCAAAAUGUAACCUGGUGUCAACUCUGAAACAAGCAAUAAUCAUUUUAUCUUCAUGCCAAAAAGGAAAAUCGCCAUUUUACAUUUAGAUAGGGAAAACUAUUGUCACUGGCACAAUUUUGUGUUUCAGACUUAUGUAUUAUAGUCACUCUACUUUGCACAAUUCAAAAGUAGCAGAGGUGCAAUAUUCUUAUAUCUGGUGUCUGUACCGGAGGUCAAACAAACACUCGCACCUGAAAUUUUGUCCAAUGGCUUGAACAUUCAUACAGGUGCUCUUCUUAAGCAUUUAUCACCAACAUUUAAAAAGGUUCUACAGAUAAAUUUGGCCUAUUGCAAUGACUAGCUGCUUCAAGUGUCAGUUGGCACAAGCAUUCCUGCUGCAGGAAUUUAGCAAAUACAAAUAACAUAGAGAAUCACAAUUAAAUUGCCCCUCUCCUAGAACCAUAAGAAUAUGUAAUCAUAGCAUAAGGUAUGCCACUUUUACAGUCAGCUUUGACUGAACACCGCCGUAUGAAAAUGUACUUCAUUUCCACCCUUACACCAUUUUGGUGUACUGAAUUAACUCAUCUGCACUUCAAAAACCAGCCACUGCUGCCUACUAAAAUGUGAAAACAGGGUAAUGAGUUGUUAGCAAGUGUUUCCCUUCAGAAUCACAGAUGGAGAAAAUAUGCAAAUAUCUCACAAAAAUAAAAUGUAUGCAUGUACAGCACAAUGUUAAUUGGGAUUAAUGCUUUAGAAGAUUAAUGCUAAAGAAGAGAAAGUUCUUUUUUCCAGGUUUACCUUAUUAAAAGAAGUUGCAGGUAUUAAGAAAUUGCUGAGUUUAAGAAUGACAAAGAAUUAAUCCUUCUAAAUUAGAUUUUUAUGUCUGUGUUGUUAAAAGCUUUCCAGAUUAACCUGUUGGAAGCAUUAUUUCUCCCCCAUCAGUACAGAUGGGCUCUCUUGAGCAGAGUUUUCUGUAUUUUGUUUUCAUGGACACAGAAGCGAAUUCAUGCUAUCAUGACAUUCCAGGUAGAUUAGCAAAUGCACUCUACCUGGUCCUUCUGGGCAGCAGUUUGGGCUUGUCCAGCUUGCAACUGGCAGUUCUUACCUGUCUUUCUUUUGAUGUUUCAGUUCUUUUUGCAACUGUUAAUUCUUGAAUUUCACAUACUACAGCAUUUCUUGGGAGAGGUGACUUGUGUUUGCUUUCUCAUAUUCCAGUACUGACUUACGUGAGAGGCAGCUACAGUGCGAGUAGAGAAGUGCAGCAGAAGGGGCAGAUUGGCUCUCCUGUAUGAAUGAAGACAAGCCAGGCAAUGCUAAAACACACUGUGGUGGUCAGGCAACAAGCAGACCUCAACAUCAAUGUACAACAGCAUGUUUGUUCUGAUCUUGCAUCUUUCCCUGUUUCAGUUGUACUGCCAAAAUAUACUGGAGGUAGAUCAAAAUCACUCUUCCACUUCUGACACAUUCUAGAUUUACAUAUUUUAAAUACAGAAGGAAACUGAGCUACCUCUCAUCACUACAGAGUGGGCAAAAUUGUUAUUUUCAUCUUAAUUAAUACAGUUGAUUACUAUUUCUUUACACACCCUUUCUGUGAUCAAAUGAUGGUUGUGUUGGGAGCACUGAAAUCACAUGCCCCAUUCAGAAGCAAUGCCAUUAAGUUUCUGGCUGCUCUUAACAGAAGGUGAAACAUAGUUUUCUUGGACUGUUACUGAGUAAAUGAAUUCCCAAUUUGUUUCCUGUGAAGCUAUCCAGGCUAUUUGUAAAAAUGACAAGAGCUAAUGACCUGGUCGUGAAGCUUAAUGAAAAUACUGCCAAUGAUUUGAACAAAGGCAGAGCUGACUUAAAUUUGCCUGAAUGCAUGGCAAAACAGUGGUAAUACUGAGAAAGAGACCCAGGGAAUUUUCUCCAAUUCUUUUGGACUUCCCUAAAAAACUUGUCCCACUGUGCAGACUAUUUUCUGGUAGCAUAGGACUAAGACAUUCAGGCACACAAACUACAAAUAUAAAUUGUGAUGAUUUUACACUCUACUUAUGCUUAGUAUUACUAGAAAGAGAAAUAAAUGGGUCUUGGAAGAAACUAGAGCAACCGGCAGCUUAACACUGCAUUUUCCCCAUAGCACUCAGAUUCAUUAACAACUUCCAUUCAUUCAUUUCUCUGCUAUCUGCUGCUUAAGUUUAUUGUACAGAGGGAGACAAGUCUCCUCAAGAGACUGUAAAAGCUUAGUGACUACAUCCAGACAGCUGAUUAUCCCCAAAAGAGGUCAAUUAUAGUGACCUCUGACUAAAUAAAAACCCACAAAUUUGAAGGGAAAAAUGCCUUCAGCAGCUGUUUUUUUGGGACCACCAUAUUGUUACUUAAAUUGACCUGAUCUGGCUGUGCCAAUCAUUUAUUGUUUAGAUGAACACAGACAGAAAAGAUAAGAACAAAUAGAAAGUCAGGUUUCUGAGGAGGCCCAUUUGGAUUUUUCUGUAGUUAUUAGCAUACAACACAUGAACCUACUAAAUCAGUUAAACUUCCAUUGAUCCAAUCAUUUCAAUUUGCAAUAUGAACAUCUAAUUCAUGUUGCAGUAGUACCAACACACACUUCCUUUUUACUUUCUUGAAACAGAGGAAAAAAAAAUCACUGCCAAAGCACUUUAUGCAUUUAAAUUACAGGG